CGUGUAUAUAUGAGGCAUUCAUCCCCCAGUGUGUGUCUGGAAUGCUAGCAGCCCUCGAUUUCAUAUCUAUCAGGACCGAAAAGAACCGCAACCCACCCGUCUCCCCUCCCACCCAGCAAGAAACACAACCAUGAGGGUCUCACCCCGCAGAGUAGUCAAGCACGAUGCCUCCGUCGAACCGGCGAAACUGAGCCGACGGUGGAAAAAGCAAAGAGCUCGAGCAGUAGCAGCAGCCAAGAUCUCCGGACCCACUGCUGUCUCGUGCACCAAAGACAACUCGUUCUACUUUGAAACGUAUAAAUGUCCGGAGAAAAUGAGAGACGUGAUGACCGAGUGUGGGGUCGUCGACAAGUUGCUCGAGGCACACGUUAAACGUCUGCAAGACAAGGCCUGGUCAAUAUUCCCGUACCCCUGCAUCGGGAUGUUCGAAUUCGUCAAGUUCAACCUCCCCGGCUACCGCUCAUACCCGCGCAUCCUGUCGCUGCUGCGAUCCGGCGGCGUGUACCUCGACGUCGGUUGCUGCGUGGGGCAAGAACUGCGCUACCUCCUCUCGCACGAGGGCAUCCCGGCAUCGCAGCUCUUCGGCUGCGACAUCGAGCCGGAGUUCCUCGAGAUCGGCUACGAGCUGUUUAUGGACGCGCCGGGGGCCAUGCGGCUCGAGGCGGCAGACAUCUUCGACGACGAGGCGUGGACGGAAAACGAGAUGAAGCAGAGGUGUGCGGUCGUCCAUGCUGGCUACUUUCUGCAUCUGUUUAGCUACCAGCGACAACUGCUGGCGGCGAAACGACUGGUCGGUUACCUCGAGCGCAAGAAGGGGAACACCAUCGUCGGAAGGAUGAUUGGCAGUCGCGCUCCGGGCGAGUACACGCAUCCCACGGUAGGGAUCAUGAUGCGGCACGAUCGCGAGAGCUUCGGGAGGUUUUGGAAGCGGGUGGCGGAAGAGACUGGGUUGAAGCUGGAUGUGCAGUGUGACAUCUGCGAGAGCACGGUGAGGAUCAGUCACGAUGGGAAGAAGUUUGAUCAUCCGCCGGAAGAGAAGGCGACCGAGAUUACAUUUUCUAUCACGAUCGUUUGACCGCGAGCCCGUCUGUGCUCACAUAGUCUCUCUAUAUAUUUAUGUACAUUAUUGGAAGGGGAUAUUGAGGGAUGAAUUACGAAC